UCGUGCAUAUGGCCACUUUCAUAUUACAUGUGAACUGCGUGGCUUUCGUUGAGCUGUUUCUUCUGGUACAGUAGGGCACCACAUAGAUUAAUGAGAAUACAGUGAGUAAUGUAGGCAUCUCAAAGAACUGUUAUAGAAAAAACAUGCGCCAGCUUGAAAAGUUAACUAACGCUGAGUAAACAGAGCUAACAGCUAGUUAACCAAACAUGAAGUGCAAACGCAGAUUGAGAGGCAAAAUGGAGAAGAAUAAGAUUCGGAAAUUCAUGGUUUCUGUCAAUAACUAUGUACAAAGCCAAGGAGGACACAGCGGCGCUGAGCAUUAUGAGCAAAUUGGACAAUUCGUUAAAAAGAAAAGCCGCAAAGAACUGCGCAAAGAGAAGAGAAAGCUGAAGAAGAAAAAGAAGAGAAGUCACCUCACGGGAACGCCGAGCUCUCCGACCAAGAAAAGUGCGGUUAAGGCCACUAGGGACGAACAGCGCGGUAAUCCGGGGGGCGACACAGGAGAGACCAUUCAGGCCGCUACCACACCGCGCCCGGGACGGGAUGCAGACGAACGGAAAAGAAAAGUUCACUUCCAGACGCUGCCACCGCAACGAAAGAAGGCGAAACUGGAUAUGGCGAGAAAACGGGCCUUGCUGGAGGCGAACGUUGUCGAGGAUAAAGAAAUAAAGAAACUGGAGAAACGCCUUGGCCUUAAUAAAAGAAGGAACAAGCAAAGUCUUCCACAGUCGUUUGUCAGCGACGGACUUGAUUAUAUUUUAGGAAUUCUGGACCCAGGAGCAUCGGGGACAGGGUUGUACGAUAGUGGCGACGAAGACGUAUGCGCCGCGAAGGCGAAAACAAAGUUAGAGAAACUAAACGACCUGAGCGACGUUGAGGAGGCGGAACUAGACACGUCGGGGGAAGACAAGGAUAGUUCAGUGCACGCAGGUCCGGAGAGAGAUUUGGACGCUAUGUCCGAAGAAGAAGACGAAACUGAAGAACAAGACAGCGAAAUUAAUGCAGAGGAAGAGGGGGUAACCGCAUCAGGAAAACAGCCCGUAAAAAGUGGAGAAGGGGAGACCUCUGGGGACAGGUCCUGUGACGGAGAACAGCCAAGUGCACCUGAGGCAGGAAAAUACGUCCCUCCUUACCUCCGGGAGGCAGCAGAGAGCAAGCGCAAAGCUGAGCUGGAAAGGCUGCAGCGGAGUCUGAAGGGCCUGAUGAACAGGCUGAGUGAGCCCAACUUGGGUUCCAUCAGUGGACAAUUGGAGGAGCUGUAUAUGAGCUACAGCAGGAAAGACAUGAACGACGUGCUGACCGAGGUUCUGCUAGCCGCCUGCGUCACUCCCUCGCUGAUGCCUGACAGGCUGCUGAUGGAGCACAUGUUGUUGCUUAGUGUUAUACAUCAUACAGUUGGGCUGGAGGUUGGCGCUCAUUUCUUGGAAACAGUUGUCCGGCGUUUCGAUGACACCCACCAUCAGGGCACAGAUGCAGGCAAAGAGUGUGACAACCUGGUGUGCAUGAUUGCCCACCUGUACAACUUCCAGGUGGUGCACUCAGUGCUGGUGUUCGACCUGCUCAGAUGUCUGCUGGCCUCGUUCUCCACGCGGGACCUGGAGCUCGUCCUGUUGCUGCUCAAAACUGUGGGCUUCACCCUGCGUAAGGACAACCCGCUGGCCCUGAAGGAGUUGAUCAGCGAGGCCCAGCGCAAGGCCAGCACAGAGGCGCCGUGCUCCCACGACCAGACCAGGGUGCGGUUCAUGUUGGAGACCAUGCUGGCACUGAAGAACAACGACAUGCGGAAGAUUCCGGGUUACGACCCUGAGCCUGCGGAGAGGCUUAAGAAGCUUCACCGGACUCUGGUGCAGCACCGUGCUGGUGGAACUGACGUGAAACUCAGGGUGUCUCUGGAGAAUCUUCUGGAAGCUGAUCAGGUCGGCCGCUGGUGGAUCGUGGGGUCAUCCUGGAGUGGGGCGCCCAUGAUUGGUGACCAUGACAAUAAACCGGCUACCCAGCCUGCUACUGGGCAACAGUUCAGCUCUAAGGUCAUGGAUCUGGCCCGCAAGCAGCGCAUGAACACAGACGUGAGGAGGAACAUCUUCUGUGUGAUCAUGACCAGCGAGGACUAUCUGGAUGCUUUUGAGAAGUUGCUGAGACUAGGUCUUAAAGGACAACAGGAGCGGGACAUUGUUCAUGUGCUGCUGGAUUGCUGUCUGCAGGAGAAAAGCUUUAACUCCUUCUACGCUGUUCUUGCAGAGAAGUUCUGCACACAUGAUCGCCGCUUCCAGAUGACCUUCCAGUUCUGUCUGUGGGAUAAGUUCAAAGACCUGGCAACCCUGUGCAGCACUUCCUUCAAUAACCUGGUCCUGCUGGUGACCCACUUGUUACAGAGAAACUCCCUCUCACUCUCCAUCCUUAAGGCCAUAGAGUUUGGGGAGCUCGAUAAACCAAAGAUGAAGUUCUUGAAGCAAAUCCUCUCGAAACUUCUCCAGCAGACCCAGCCAGAAGAUCUGGUGCACAUAUUCAGCAGGAUCUCAGGAAUUCCCAAGUUGGGAAUGUUGCGGGAAGGCCUGAAGCUCUUUAUCCAGCACUUCCUGUUGUGUAACAAGCAGACGCAGGAAACGGAGCCACAGACAGCAUUGCUGACAGCAAGAGCAGAGGUCGCCAUUAAAGCCAUGGAGGCCCGGGACACCAAACUCAAAUUAUAACACACAACACAACAAUGAGUUUUCUGGGACGCACUUUCUGCCUAACAGUGCCUUUUCUCGUACCAGUGUUCUAUGGACAACUUCACCACGUAAACCACAUCUAGAUCUGCUGGCAUAUUUUGGGUAUUGUAUCGUGUCUCUGGACCUGUGAGGAUUGAUAAAAAUGGAAAUAUAUGGAAAAGUCAACAUGAAUAUGAAAACAUGGUUAUAUAUGACAAUGCAAUUAUGACAAUAUAAUUAUUUUGUAAGACACCUUCCCCAUGGCUGUGUUUUUCUCACAUUUGUGGGUUAUGGAUGAGUAAUAUGACUAUACCUUUGCUGUGUCUACUUCUGUACACGGGGCUAUAGCUUAGGGAAGGGUAAUGGACUGUAUGCUUUCAUUAUCACAGUAACUUUAAAGGUGUUGUCCAUAGUUCAAACCUCCCAUUAUGAUUAUUUCGUUCUGUUCUAUAAAACAUUUCGUAAAUGUUAAAUUACUACUGCUACUAUUUUAAAUUGUAUUCAAAGUUGUUGGCAAACCUCAGAAAAACUAAACCUUGUCAUAUGGGUUAUGAUAUCAAAGUAUUAUAUUUUUGCCAUCUCACCUGUCCCUAUUCAAGAGGGAUGCCUGGGGUAGGCUGUGGACUUUUAAUAAACUAGAUGGGCCAAGUGCUGCACUGGUCAGUAAAUGCUGCUCAAACCUGA